CGACUAACAAAAGCCUCAUAACUGCGAGGACGGCAACCAGAGCGAACAGCAGAAAUCCAGGAAACUUCAACGAGCUGCUGAUUCCAGGAUUAAACAUUUUGAGAAGUUUCUCGAGGAGCAGAAAUUGGAUUUUCUGUCCCAAACCUGUCAAGGUAUUUUUUCUUCUACACGCUGAGAUUCUUCUUUAGGAUUUUUUCUCAUCUCCAUCAAGAGCCCAGUCUGUGUUAGUAACUGUUUCUGUUGAGCUUGUUGAGACAUUAUAUGCCAUACUGGGCUGUAUACAGAUAUCUGACUGCGAGUGGAGGCCUCAUUGACAGUUUCGACUUGUUUAAGCUGUUUGCUGUAGCUGCUAGGACAACUGUGAAAUAAUGGCUUCUCGGCCAGAGGAGAAUCUCUACUGUCCUAUCUGCCUUAAGAUUUUUCAAAAUCCUGUCCUCCUGUCAUGCAGCCACAGUUUCUGCAAAGCCUGUCUUCAGACAUGGUGGACAGAAAAAACGAUUCUUGAGUGUCCACUUUGUAAGAGAAGAUCUUUAGAUAAGGAUCCACCUCAAAACUUGGCACUAAAGAACCUGUGUGAAGCCCUUUUACUGGAGGGAACUGAGAGACUUUCAAUACGGUCUGAGGCUCUCUGCAGUCUGCACUCGGAGAAUCUCAGACUCUUCUGUCUGGACCAUCAGCAGCUACUGUGUGUCAUCUGUCUGCACUCAGAAACACACAACACCCACACCAUCAGACCCAUCGAGGAAGCAGCUCGGGAUUGCAAAGAGGGACUUCAGGAAUUCCUGCAGGUCUUACGAGAGAAAUUGGAGCACUUCAAAGACACUAAAGGAAACCUUGAUCAAACAGCUCAAGACAUCGAAGUUCAGGCUCAAGACACUAAGAGGCAAAUUAAGGAUGUGUUCUUGACGUUUCAGAAGUUUCUCAAAGAGGAAGAGGAGGCAAGGAUUGGUGCAGUGAGGGAGGAAAAGAAUCAGAAGAGCGAGAUGAUGAAAACAGAGAGUGAAGCUUUGAGAACAGAGAUAACAGAUCUUUCUGACACAAUCAGAGUCGCAGACGAGGUGCUGCAAGCUGAAGAUAUCUCAUUCCUGCAGAGCUACAAGACCACAGCUGAACUAGUCCAAAAUUUCCAGUUGGAUGUCCCGCAGCAGACACCAGAAGCUCUAGAUGUGGACAAACAUCUGCACAACCUGUCCUUUAAAAUCUUGGACAGUAUAAAGAAGAAGGUUUCCCCGACCCAGCCCCCAAAACCCCCACCCCACCACAAACCACUACAACCAUACUCCAAACCAUCACCACAAUCACCACCAGCACCACCAGCACCAAAAAUUUCAGAAGCCACUUUGAGAAGACUGAGGAGACAAAAUGUUGAACUAAUGAACAAGAACCGUUAUGAGGAGACUGGAGUCUGUAGUACAUCCAAGGGUGGAGCUGUGUCCAGGAGGCCAUUAAAACUUGGGGCACCGAGUUGGAAUACAAAAGUAAUCAGCAAGAAAAAUCCUGUUCCACACAGCUAUGAUCCAAAUUAUCAAGGAUUUGCCUAUCCCCCACGGCCAGCUCUUAUUAUUUUGGUUACCCAUAUGAUAUACCCCCACUUCCCCAACUUCCCACUCUGCCCACUCUGCCAACAUCAUAUUACUCCACCAAUACUGCCUACUCACCACGGAGAUAAGCUGUUUUUAUGGAUGUAGCAUUGGCCAAUAUCACUGUAGUGAUAACCGAGGACGAAUAGCUGCUGCAGUGCUGUAGCUAAUAAACUAAACAUCACAUGAAUUUGUAAAUGAAUCUUUCUGUGGGAAACAGACUGUGUUCUGACAGCACAACACAAACAUCUCAGACCACCUUUUCCAGGUGAGCUCCGGUAUAGUUUCUUGGUCUGAAAUAGGGUUCGGGGGGAAAAGCAUUCACAACGGUAAUGCUAAUGGUAAUUAGUCUUGGAUUCAGACUGAACUUCCAGUGUGAAAACCAACAAGACCUGGACUGAAGCAGCUUUGUUAGAAGUAGGAAAAAAAAGAACACCAAAAGCAAAAAUACAUUGAAGUCAAAAAUGAAAUGUGUUUAUAUUGACUCAUAUCUUUUCUUAUUCAGUGUUUUUUUCAGCUAAAGAGGUAAAAUAAUUCAUAUUUCUUUCCAAAUGACUCCUUUAUUCAUUCUGUUCUGUUGGUCAUUUUUGUGAACGUGUGUGGACAAAGGUGGAGAUCUGACAUUCAGACUUUAGAUAUUUUUGCUGAAUUAAAUGUUUCUGUACUGUUUUGUAUUGAUGGCACACAGCUGUUCUUUAGAGAGGCUUAUUAUUUUUAUUAUUAUUAUUAUCAUUAUUAUUAUUAUCAUUAUUAUUAUUAUUAUCAUCAUCAUCAUCAUCAUCAUCAUCAUCAUUAUUAUUAUUUUUAUUAUUAUUAUUAUCAUUAUUAUUAUUAUUAUUAUUAUCAUCAUCAUCAUUAUUAUUAUUAUUAUUAUUAUUAUUAUUAUUAUGCUUACUGGGGGUGGACAAAAUAAUAAAACCAGCUGAUAACAACAAUGCAAAAAUCAAUAAAAAAUAAAGUGAAAUUUACUUAA